AUGUCAGAUCAUAUGUUGAGUGCACUUCCACGCCCCACCAAUGGCGACACUCACAUUCCGAAUGAAAACCUUCCCCCAUCGUUGAUAGAUACGAAGCCUAUGACCGUGAACCGCAAGAAACAGAAACGCCGCCAGAAGCAGGCCGCUCGUUUGGCCGCAGAGCGCCAGGUAGAAAACGGAGUCGUACUCCCGGACGCCGCAGACCGAAACGGUCUCGGUCCCGCUGGGCCAGGAAGUCACAUAUCCGAUGAACCGGAGAUCGACCACAUUGCGAAUGGAGACGCAUAUCACGAUGAUGAACUAGACGCUUGCAGCGCGCAUCAAGAUUUCCAGCCGGACACGAAUGGCACCGAUGAUCACAAAUCGACGAGUCGAAAAUCGAAAAAGAAGAAAGGAAAGAAAAACCGUGCCAACUCGCAAACUCUUGGUGAUGAAAGCUCCACUCCACAAUCCACCCCCUCCGUCUGCAUGACGCACCCUCUUCCGCCGCCUCUCCCGCCGCAUCUGGGCCCGCGCACGAUGGUCAAACCGCCCAAAGAUCGCAGCAUAUGGAAUACCUCCACGCAAGAAGAACGCGAGAAUAUCAAAACAUUCUGGCUCGAGUUAGGCGAGGAGGAACGAAGGCAGCUGGUCAAAGUGGAAAAGGAUGCGGUAUUAAGGAAGAUGAAGGAGCAGCAGAAACACUCGUGCAGCUGCACCGUAUGUGGAAGGAAGAGAACGGCGAUCGAAGAAGAGCUUGAGGUGCUGUACGAUGCCUACUAUGAAGAGCUGGAACAAUACGCCAACAAUAAUCAAGGAUCUUUCGAGAAAGGCGCACCGAUUGUCCCCCCACCCCGACUCUAUCAACCACCGUUGCGAUCGCCCGGACAACAUACUCGGACACAUGGUCAAUAUCACCCCUCACGAGGUCGCAUUCACGAAUUGCCUGAAGAUGAUGAAGAUUUGGAAGAAGACUACGAUGAGGAUGAUGAGGACGAUGAACCGUACAGUGAUGAUGAUUUCGAAGACGAAGAAACGCGUGCAGCUCGCGCAGAUUUCUUUGCCUUUGGGAACAGUUUAACUGUCAAAGACGAUCUCUUAAAAAAUGAUGGGAAGCACUUUAUCGAUAUGAUGGAGCAACUAGCCGAACGUCGAAUGCAACGAGAGGAAGAUACGCAGUACGGAAUAGCCGCAGCACAUCAGUCCCUCCAUAGCGGUCAUAAUCAUGGUCCUUAUGACGACGAGGAUUAUGAUGACGAAGAGGACGACGACUACGAUAGUCAAGAGGAAGAAGACUAUGAGGAGGACGAGAUGGUCUGUCCUGGAGUCAACUAUUUCCCCGACAACGUGUUGCAGUGCAGGCUGACACAUUGUUCCCAGGAUGCUAUGACGGAGGAGCAACGGAUGGAGGAAGGCCGGCGAAUGUUCCAGAUUUUUGCAGCUCGAAUGUUCGAACAGCGCGUAUUAACUGCCUACCGAGAGAAGGUUGCUGAGCAACGUCAGCAAAAGCUGAUAGAAGAGCUCAUGGAGGAGCAGACCCGCAACGAACAGCGAAAUGCCAAGAAAGCCCGAGAAGCGGAGAAGAGGAAAGAGAAGAAACGUCUCCAGAAACAAGCCAAAGACGAGGAAAAGGCACGACGGGAAGCAGAGAAGGCCGCAGAGGAAGCCGCAGCCAAAGCUGAGCAUGAGAAGAAGUUAGAGGAACAGAGAAAGAAGCGAGAAGAGCAACGGAAGAAGCGAGAAGCCGAGCGGAAGGCCCAGGAGGAGGAGCGUGCGCGAAAAGAAGCAGAUAAACAACGGCGGCUGCGCGAAGAAAGAGAACGACAAGCGGAUGCGGAACGAAAGCAACGGGAGCAGAAGGAGCAAGAGAAGAAACGGCGUGAAGAGGCCCGGAGAAAGGAGCGGGAGGAACGUGAGUCGAGAGAAAAGAAGGUGAAAGAGGAGCGUGAGCGCAAGGCUCGUGAGGAGCAAGCAAGGAAGGCCGGGCAAGAACCUCAAGAGCAUAAGCGUUCAUCGCAACAAGGUUCGGUACCUAUAUCAUCGAAUAUGCACUAUCCAGGUCUUCCCAGUCACCUCCAAUCUCCGCACUAUCAAGCUGCUACACCAGUUGUACCCAAGGCGCCUACUCCUAUCAAGCCCCGUCAGCCAUCCCAGCAAGACUCCCACACAUCUUCUCCGCGGUCUCAACCGGCCAGCACCGAACCAUCGCAAGUUUCUAUCUCUCCACGGUCGAUGGCGCCAACCCAGUCGUCCGGGGCCUCGAGUGUAACCUCCAAACAAGGUCACGCUCAGCAACCCAUGCUUCAUCAUCCCCAACCCUCAACACCACUGUCGCCACUUGGAUCGCUAGGGAGAUCUUUUCCGCCCGGAUUCUCGAAUGGGCUACCGCCGAAUCCCCCUGGUUUGGCUGGGAUUGUCUCUCGACCGCCAAUUGGUCAUGAACUGCCUACGUAUCCACCGCAUUCUACGCCUCUCAUGAGUCAACUGCGAGGUUUUACUGCACCUAAUGGAAUCCCUGUGCCUCCCCCAGGUAUAAACGGAGCCCGUCCGAUACCCCCUGGACGAGGGUUCCCGCUUGAUCCAGGCCACGGUCUCCCAUUCCAUUCUCAACAGCCGAUAUCAGGGCCAUUCUCUACCCAGCCAGGCGGCUUAGCACACGGACAUACCCGACAACCCUCAGGCUCAUUUGAAAGGUCUCCCCUGGAUAGUCAUGCCCAACCGUUCUCUAUCUCCCGACCGAGCCUCAUCAAGCGUCCGUCUAGUACUCAGCAGGAACAGGGUGAAACCAACCACACUAUGCAGCGGCAUAUGGACAGUUUGAGUGCCCAGCUGGGUAGCAGUGCCCUUCUUGAUGAUACUGAUAUUCCUUUUACGUCGAACUUGUCACAGUCACUCCCUGGUGCAACAGUACCGGGGUCUCUACCAGGACCGACACGAGCCAGCUUUGCAGCACCCUCGUUGUUCCCAGAUCCUCUUAGUGCACCGAAACACACCAAUUUCCCUGUCAAUCCUGGUGUAGGCGGCAGCACGUGGGGAGCACAACUCCCCUUUGGGGCUUCUGCUUUCCCCGGCGCCUCGACUUGGGGAACUGUUCACGGGGGCGGUUGGUCGAACAACGCGUUUGGGUCCGGAGGUCAUCAUCGUGCGCACACGUCGCGACCUGUUGCUAUCCGACUAUUGGUGAUCCAAGCCUGCAAGCAACUAACCACCAUGAGUCCCUCCAAGGGCGCGGCUGGUUAUCAUGACGUGAACCAUGUUCUUCGCCAGGUUGACCAGCUCCGGCCUCCAAACGAGCCCUCCAUCUCGCUCAAAGAGAUGCUCGACAUCUGCGACACGGAAGGCAACACACAAAACGGCGGUGGCUCAUUCUUAAUCAAGAGCGAUGAGACCGGCGAGUAUGUCAAGUUCGAGUCAGAUACCAACAGUGCAGCCUCAGGCCACAGAGGCAGCAUUGUGCCCGGUGAAAUCGGCAGUCCUGUUCCAAGCAGUAGCAUACCGGCAUUCGGCGGCAUCGGCAGUACACCAUCAGUGCUACGACAAUUUUCUUCUCCUCCCACGGGGUUCUAG